AACAUUUCACUACUUCUACAGCACAGAGAAAUUUAAGAAGCUAUGGUUUCACUUCACAAAGCACUCACCAUGACUCCAAAAAAAGAAUCUCCCAAAGAUUUUGAAGCUUCUCAAAAAAAGAGAAAAUGGGAACAUUCACUCACUCAUCAAGAAUUCUUCAAGGAUCAUCAAACUCAUGAUCAUCCUAAAACAAAAUCCUUCUUUGAUAUUGAACUUCAUCUCAAUACACCAUUACCUUCUGAUAAAUGGCAACAAUAUCUCACCCUUCAGUCAUUGUGUAACACAAAAGUGAAUAUGAAAACACAAGAAUCAAAGAGAGAAUGGCUUUUACCUGAAAAAUCAUCAAUAAGUUUAGACCUAGAGCUUAAUUUGACGAGCGAAACAUUGAAGAAAAAAGAAGAAAUUAAUUACGAGAAUUUCGAGAAGAAGAAGAAAAAGGAUUCAACAACAACUCCUUCAUGGUUAUCUUCAUCAGACAACUCAGAUGGUGAUUACAAAGAAAUGAUAGCAACGGUUUGUAUGAAGUGUCACAUGUUGGUAAUGCUUUGCAAAUCGUCACCUUCUUGCCCUAAUUGCAAAUUCAUGCAUCCACCACCAGAUCAGAAUCCUUCUAAAUUUUUGAAGAGAACAAGGUUUAGUUUCUUGUCAUAAAUCAUCGCAAUCUUCAACAACAAAAACAACAACUACUUCUCUUUGCUCCAAUUAAUGAAUAAUCCUAUGUUGUUAUCUUUUAUUUUUAGAUUAUUAUUAUUAUUAUUAUUAUUAUAUAAUUCAAAACAAAAAGGUAGUACUAGUAGUGUUUAAUCUACCUCUUAAUAGUUUUUUAAUUUGACUGUUAGAAAGUCAUUGUGUGACUCAUUAGAAACUAACCUAAUGUAUCAUAUUUAUGUAUAUAUAAGAGUGUUUAAAUUUAUCUA